ACGUGCGAGUGGCCUCGAGAGAGGCCUGUCGUCGCAGAGGUUUCUGGGUAUGCGGUGGGAGCCAUAUUUUUCCAAUAUCAGUUACGCGAAAAACAGCGUAGCGUACGGCAGAUCAUCUGGCAGGCAUGGCAUUUCGAUCGGCGGUGCCGCGCGGUGUCUGUAUCGGUCGGUGGUGAGUGAUCGCUCGCGCGUUAAUCGCAAGGACAACGAACGCAAUCCGACGCGCGAGUUGUCGGAGCGUCGCGCGCGACCGUUGCUCGUCACAAAAUAUAUAAUAAUAAUCGACCGCUGUAUACAAGCGCGCGAGCGAGACGCGAGAGAAACGGAGUAGCGCGGGCCGCGCAGGUGUUCGGCUUGGCAAGAGGGUUAGUUAACUUAACCCGAGUUCGUAACCGCGCUAGUAGUAAUGGUGAGAUGGUGGUGGUAGUAGUAGUAGUAGUAGUAGCGGUAGAAGCGUAACAGUGGUCGUUGGUAGUGGUGGUCGCGGCACGAGGCAGUGGUAAUGGUGGUGGUGGUAAAAGAGUGGUGGUGGUGGUGGUGGUCGUGAUGCUGCUGCUGCUGUGACGAUGACACAGCGUCACAACACGACGUUCGUCCGUCCGUGCGCGAUUUAACUCGAAUCGUUACGCCGGCGGUGUUUUUUUUUUUUUCUUCUUUCGUACGUCGAGCGCGUUCGCGCCAUAUUACCGAUCGAGCGCCGACUUGAGACGACUCGAGCCGAGUCGUUCGGCGCGAUUAAAGCGCGUAUAUACGCAGUCAGUGUCGAGGGAGAUGGCUCGCCGCCCGGCCGCGAUACCGUGAGGCUCGCGAGAUCGUGAUCGUAACGCGACGGUUGUUUCUUCACUUUCGGCCACCGAUAAUACUCCUUACAUCGAUCGAUGACGUAAUCGAGUGCGCGUCUUGGAAAUGUAACGCGAUACGGGACCAAGUGUGGCGUAUGUGAGUGAAAAAACGCGAUUCGAACCGUGGCGUCAUUGACACGACCUAUCAGUGUGUGUGUUGACUAUCGUAAGGUAAAGUGAGGUGAAAUAAUUUUCGGUAAGCGAACGUGCGGUGCAUCCCGAUAAUAUCGCGAUCCUUCGCGAUAUCAAUCUCGGAUUGUUCGCGCCGAAUUUAACGGCGACGUAGUUGCGCGCGCAAAGCAACAUCGAGUGCGCGUGUGUGCGAUCAUCGCGACGUGGAAUCAUCGCUCGCCGAUUUCGAGUCGCGGGGGGAGGAUCGGGGAGUCGGGUGGGUGGCGCGGACCGUCACCUUGAAUCGAGACCUUGGCGUUCUCUCUCGUUCUCGGGAGACGUAAUUCCCUCCGAUAGACAAGCGGCUCGCCUACGCGCGUCAGGCCGCGCCGGCUACGAGAGUUUCGAGUGAACUUGGCAGCGGUAGUCGUGACCUUGCUCGACCGCCGUUACGAACAUGCUGCGUAACGACUCGCGACGCUCAUCCGCGACGCGGCAAAAGGAUUCGACGUCCGAAGUGCCGCGAGACGGGCAAUUUUGAGAAAAGAAGUCGACGAUAAAGCGAAGUCAGCCGGCUGACUCCGAUGGCAGCAUCUCGAAUUUCGAUCGCGUUCGCGUUCACGUGUGUCGACGUAUCACCAGUGGCGAUAUUUUGACGAGCGUGCAGAUAUCUUCGUGGGAAAGAGAAGGAAGAAGGAGCAAAUCGAGGAAUAACCGCCGGACUUUCGCGGGAGAAACAAGUCGUCGGCGCGUCUCGCGCCAUGCACGGCGAUCCCCGCCACGUGAAGGAGGUUAGACGGCCAUUGACCGGCGAGCACCGGCAGUGUAUACUACUACGCGCGGCAAACACGCGCCGGUUUUGAGUUACGUACGACGAGUAUCGCGCCAUUGGAGGCCAUCCGUGCGCCGCGAUAUUCGUAUAUUAUGUCGUGCUACGAGUGCCGCGCGGAAAAACACAACGGGACGUGGAACAACGGCAAACGCGCGACGAUCCGAAGACUAUCGGAAAGAUCAUCGUCGAGCGCGUGAGGUUCGUGCCUGCGGAGGAUGCGGCACCCGUGGAUCGAGUACCCGUCGCCUGUGUCUCCACGUAGGCGAGCUACGUGCCACGUUGUGCCAGUGAUGUCGUGGGUGUCGUCGGAGUCAUCCGCAGCGCUGCUGGACCUGGACCAUGGCCGGCAAGCCUGAGCAGCCGUCCACGCUCCCUGCUCCCCCGAGUCACGGCCAUCAGCUUCACCAUCCACAACAACAUCAGCAUCCGCAGCAAGUGCAACAGCGGCAUCAGCAACAACAAUCGCAUCAUUCGCAGCAGCACCAGCAACAAGCUUUACAGCAGAACAGCGUUCUAGUGUACGUAUCGGGGGAGAACUUUGCGUACGCCACGGCGGUGGGUCAGAAUGUCGCCGCGACCGCUGCUGCCGCUAUCGCGGUCGGUUAUCAGUCACAACCGCAUCAGCAGCAGACGACGCAAUACGCUGGCAUUCUGCAGGCGCCGCAGGUGGCGACGGCGCAGGCGGCUGCGACGACUUUUCCCGCCAAAACUGCCGUAUACUGCGCCGACGGCAGUGACGGCGGAGUCAACGUAGGGAACAACGUCGUCACCUCUGCGAUCGGCGGCUGUUGCCGUCUGAAAUCGUCACUCGAGACGACGAUGACGACGACGACGACGGUGGCGGCAACAACGGCGGUAGCUACCGCGAAUACCAACGCGGAUGGCAGCGAGUCCAAGCGAGCUUCUUCUCUGGUUAAUAACGAGGAGGACGAGGAAGAUUACACGAUGCUGUAUCGACAGGCCAAUCUGGGGCAACCGAUCACGGCGGCAUCGAUGACGACGAUGAUGACGACGUCGCGCGAGAACAAGCGAGCGUCGGAGAAUGGAGAUUGCACCGCCUCGGCGGACGGUCUCGGUAACGAUCAUCCGAUGGUAUCCAGCGCCAAGACGUACCAGACGCGGCUCCAGCACGGCGAUGUGUACUCUGCGAGGAUAAGUAGCGAGACGUAUAACGUUACGACAGCUAAUAGAAUCGUCGCGCAAUCGAAUCCCGGUGACGUAGGACUUCUCGGCGAUGACGGUUGCGUCGCGUACGGUACAUCGACGUCCGGUAGCAACGGUAUCGUGCUUCAAAACGGUGAGCAGCAGGCCGUAGAUGACAAGGGCCGGCAGCAGGACAAUUUCGAUAAUCAGCAGACCGCUUCCUCGUCAGCGUCGAGCGCGACGGUUAUCGGUGUUGGUGAUAUCGGUAGUGGUGCGGUAAUCGGUGGUUGCGACUCGAUACGAUCCGACGAAUCGUCAACGACGUACAGCAGCCUCAGCAGCCCUGAUGAGAGUCAGAGUCAUCAGCAGCCGGUGGGACAGCACGACGGUGUUGUGCCGGCGAAUAACAAUCAUUCCGGAGGUGGUAGUGCGUGCGCGCAGCAGGCUGCGCGCCAGCAGCCGCCGUUGCGUGUCAAUGGCAAUAACAAUAACGGUAAUAACGGUGUGCAGCAUAGCGCAGUGGUGUUGACAAUGAACGGUAGUGCGGUGAUUACGCAGCAGCAACAGCAGCAACAACAACAGUCACCCGCGAUCACCGUGCCACGUGGAUGGAAAAGGAUAUGCACCAAUGGGGUCAUCAUUUACAUCAGUCCAAGCAGUACGGCGCUGGGUUCGCUGGAUCAAUUGAAGGAGUAUCUAACAACAGUGGGAACCUGCAAAUGCGGUCUCGAGUGCCCGCUCAGACCUGAACAGGUCUUCAACUUUGAUCCCAAGGUUGCGACACGACCUUGGAGCCCAGAUCAGGGCAAGACGCGCGAGAUGACCAAGCUCUGCAACCAUAAAAGGAAACUUUUGCUGCCGUCCGCGGCCGCCAGUCCUGUUGCGUCCUGUACACCGGCGGUCUCAUCGUCGACUUUAUCUUCUGGCCCGACAACGACCUCGAUUCACGCGAACGCCGAUUCGCCCACAUCGCCGGAUAAAGCCAGAAAAGAUGGUCACAGCAAGAAGAAGAAAAGGAAACUGGGAGGCAUAGGCGGCAUUUAUUCCGGCGUCUCGGUUUCACAACUUCUGGCACAACGGGAAAGAGCUAUUGCCGCGGUCGCGGCUUCUGGAGUUCAAGGUUCACCGGUGCCUAAUGGAUCGCAGGUAUGGCCAAUUGCGAUCCCGAAUCUGCAAGUCCAGCAAAAUGAUCAACAAAUCUGUCAUCAAUCUUUAAAUUCGCCUUCCCAAAAUCAUGAUGUGAACAAUUGUGCAAGAAAUCCUCAGCAGAGAUUAAACCAACACAAUAUGUCGGGCAUGCUAAUGAACAAUCCGCUGUUAAUGAAUCAGCAGGGUUCAAAUUACAAUAAUAUGACUCAACAGCAGCAGCAGCUUUUACAACAACAACAACAACAACAACAACUUAUUCUACAGCAGCAGCAACAGCAUCAACAGCAGCAAAUCAUUCAGCAGCAUAUAUCGCAACAACAACAAUCGCAACAGUUAUUACCACAUCAGCAACAGCUGCAACACAUGCAGAUUUUACAACAACAACAGGAACAACAACAGCAUCAGAACACAAUGGUAAAUCAAUUAACGCAAGCUCCCCAUUAUAUCAAUCAGCUGAAUCAACAGUCGAUGCACGUAAUGCAACAGCAGCAGCAGCACUUGAAUUCGCAACAGCAGCAGCAGCAGCAGCAACUGCAUUUGCAGCAGAUUCAAAAACACAAUAUGCAACAGCAGCAGCAGCAGCAUUUGACACAGGAAAUAGAUCAGUCACAAUCGACAAAUUAUUCUCAGCAUUCUGUCGAAAAUUAUGUACAUCAUAUGCAGUCACCGCAAGUGUCGAAUCAAGCUGUCCUCCAUCCGCAAUUGCAUCAAAUUCACCAGCAUCAGCAGAUGCAGCCACAACAGCCUCAACGAAGUCAGCACGCUGUGCAGCCACAAUCAACGGAUCAUUUUCAGAUGCAGAUUCAGCAGCAGUUACAACAACAACAACAACAUCAGCAGCAGUUGUCGCAGCAAGUGUGCAUUCAGCCGCAAUAUCCAAAUCAGCAAAUAAACCAUCACUCUGCGGACGUUAUGCAACAGCAAACUGGUUCCGCUAUCAUGACUAAUAUCAAUACUACCGACAUUCAAAAUAGGCACAAUCGAGCAUCAUCAAUUAAUGAUGAAGAUUUAAACGCAAAACAAUUACAACAACAACAGCAGCAGCAACUUCUGUUACAUAAUCAUUCAAUGCAACGACACCAUGCAGUUCAAAAUGGCUUGCCAAACAAUCCUCACGAGAACGUUCAGCGGAUGUAUACGCAGAAUCAAAUACAAUAUCCGAUGAGAAAUUUUGAUCCUACGAAAGGAACAAACGCAGAUGCAAAGAUGGGACAUCAACAGCAGUUCGUUCUAUCAAAUCACACGGGAAGAAGUUCGAACGCCACUCAUGUCGAGACGCAGCAGUCUGGUAUGGGACCAAACGGGCAAUCCGGCAACUUGCAUUUUAACAACAGAACGCCGCCGUGGCAACAGAAUCGUGCGGCAACCAUAUCCCAUCAACCGUCCCUUGUCACAGUACAGAAUAUCACCUGUAACUCAUUUGAUCGCGUGCCGCCACUACAUCAUCACAUUCCACAGCCCUCUAACUGGACGGAUGAGGCCGCACGGAAGAAAGCGAAAUCGAAUAAAAUAAUAGUGAAGAAACAGCGGCAACACGGUGUUGCAGAAUCGUCAAGAACAAAUAACGGGCUUGAACAUUCAGCAUCAAGUCCAGUAGAUGAGUUUAGCGAGAAGAAUCAGCAGAGUAAUAGUCAGAUAGGUUCAACGUUCAAUAACAGCGGUCCUUCGUUCCUAGAGGAUCCCAGCGGGUACCUCGCUCAACAGACGGCGUUGCUUAACAGCACAAUAUCGAGGCAAACCGGUGUCAGUAGCUCUCAAGUGGGCAUAUUGAACAAUAAUCCGAAAGCGUCACCUCAGACCAGUCAUGGCAUGCAUGUGUCUAACUCCUAUAAUUCUCAACCAAAGCCUUCCUCUAUUGCCAGUCCUACAAGUACCUCGUCGUCAUUUGCUUCCGUAAAAAAUCAUGCGACUUCGCCGGUUGUUGUACAUAGCAGUAUGACGCCGACUUCGAGUAACAAUAGUACAGAUUCCGAAAACAGUCCGUGUCAAGGCUGCGUUACCAGCGCUGACACACAAUCUUAUAUUCAGGAUCAAUAUAAACAACAGAUGCAACGACAGUACCUGAUGAAUACGGAUCAGCGCGAGGAUCCUGUCACGUCGUCAACGUUCGGUGAACGAUAUCAAACGAACAAUCAACAGCAAAUUGACUCCAGACCAAUACAAGGCGGUACUGUGAGCACCAGUCACGGAUCUCCUAUUGGUACGAAUAGUCCAGCUAAUUCAGAUACACCAGCCGCUUCAACACCCGGGAUCUCGCAACCGGCAACCCCGCAGAGCCUUAUUUCAUCGCAACCAGCAACACCGCACAGUUACUCGCAACCGCCGACGCCUCAUUCACACGUGUCAGGUCAAAUGCCAUCGCAAGCACUAACUCCGCAAGCGCAGCAGCCGUCGCAGUCAUUGAUUGGUAACAACAUUCAAGAACAAAGAUCUGAAACUCCUAGUUCUGGCACGAUGAAUUCCAGCUGUAUUCCACCUAGCACAUCACCGUCUCAGAUGUCUUCUUCCGCGUCGGACAAUUUAACAUCUCAAAUAAAACGACAAAUAACAGCUAGGCAAAAUUCCUUGGACGGCUAUCAACCUCAUCCGCAUACUGUAAACGCAGUUUCUAGGAUAUCUAUGAAUCCUUUUGGCGGAACAUCGUCCGUGAUAACAACUAUGGCUAGCGGUCAUACAGUCAGCAGUAAUACAAUUACGUCUGUGUUAGCUGGAAGAGCGAAUACCGCCACUGUCUCCAUAAACACACCAUCUGCGAUACCGAAUCCCGCUAUACCCAACCUUUUGCCGAAUAAGUCGCAGCAUCAAGCCCAGUCAACGACAUUGACGAAUGCACCAGGUGCUUCAGUUACGACUCAUUCCGCUGUUUCUCACAAUCAAUCUUCGACGAUAGUGUCUAAGUCUCCACUUGAAAUGGUCCAAAGCGUUGUCAGUAGCAUACAAGUACCUCAGACAAGUACGAAUUCGUCGUUGCAAACUCAGCAGCAGCAGCAGCAGCAGCAUCAACAACAACAACAACAACAACAUCAGCAGCCACAACAGCAGCAUCCUCAGGCCAACGUUCAAGUUCAUAAUGUCCUCACUUCUGGUGGUAUAUUGAAACAUUCUGCUGGAUCGACGCUACCGCCUGGCCAUAUACUCGUGUCUAGCGGCGGUCAACUCAUUAUGGCAAGUACUGGAUCGGCCAUCAAUGGCGUAAUGGCACCUCCUCCACCGAAAAUCAUUUCCAAUGCCAAUUCUAUGCCACCGUUGUCGGUAUCGCCAAUGGUCACCAGCGUAACUGGAGCUGUUAGCCAAGUGAUUCCUGCUGUAGGUGUAGCCCAACAAGUGAUAGGGCAACCGACGGUUCUCGUGAAUACCAUUCAAACACCGGUGCUGAUUCAGCCUGGUGUGAUGACGAUGGAUGGCAUAAGUCAGAACGUACAAAUACCACAUCUUACAGUCGCUACCGGCAACGUUAUACAAAACACUCAGUCAAUCCUCGACGCGAAUCAAGAUGUAUCUAGGGCCGUCAAUGCCAAUCAAGGUAUGACAGUGAAUCGACAGCCAGCAUUACUAUCGCCGGAAUCAGCAAUGACCAAGAAGAAAGCGUACAAAAAACGGAAAGCAAAUCCACAAACCGUGGCGUCAAUGCUACACAUCGCCUCGUCCCAGCAGAAUGCUGGUAUGCUGAUGCAGUCACAGUCGAACUUUGCACAGCAGAACUUUCAGGCUCAAAGUAUAGGCGGACCUAUGCUUCAGGCGUUGACUAUCGUACCUGGCAAAGGCGGAGCACCGGCACAAUUAGUCAUGAACGGUCAGACUGGUGCAGCAUCUGCGCAAUUUAACACUCAGCAAAUAAUUACGAAUCCUCAACCAGCUCAACAAAUAAAUCUUCUUCAACCGGUGAAUUUAUUAAACGGAGCGACUGGAAUGGUUCAAAAUUUCCCCACUAUUCAGCAGUUUAUUGUACCUGGUUUAGGUAGCAUGGUUAUGUCUGCUGAUGGAACGGCCACAUUAUUGCAGGAUACGGGUAACAUCGGGAUGCAGCUUCAGAUACAGAAUGUCAAUGGCCAGAAUGUGUUAACACCUGUACAGAGUCAUGGUAGUAUAUUUAAUCCCAGUCAAAGUAUAUUGGCUGCCGGUCCAGCCGGUAUGGUAAUACGAGCGCCGCAAGCAACCGGUGGAAAAAUAAUUCAGCAGCACAGUCCAGGAGCACAAUUUCUUUCACCGAACAGCGGCCAAUUCCUGGUGAACGGAACAACGUCUUUUGGGAAUCAACUGAGUCCGAUAGUAGCAAAUGUCAGUCCGAAUCAACAAGUGACAUUCAAUACUUCGCAAGUGAGACCGCCGAAUAUGCAGGGUCAACAGGAAUUCAUACAAAUGAAUGGUCAAACUCUUAUGGUACCUUGUGCUACUGCGCAGAACAUAGCUGUUUCCUCAGCAUCGAAUCAACAAAACACGACUUUUGUCCAGCAGAAUACGACGAUCGUGCAGCAGCAAACGACUAUGGUGUCAAAUAAUCAGAUACCAAAUUUUCAAAGCGCAACUCCUAACGGUGGACAAGCGGUCGAACCUUCUUUAAAUCUCGAUCACAAUCAAUCAUAUAUCCUGAGUUCCGGUAUGAUUCAAGGAAAAGCGGCAUCGACCUCUCCUAAGAGCGGAGUAAAUUCACCGUCGUCCGACCAAAAUAUUGAGCAGCAACAAUAUGUGCUUGCUAGUAGUAGCACAACUGUUGUAGAAAAAACGGCUCAGCAGAAUGAGCAACAUAGUCCGCUUAUGGCAAGGCAUUCGGUAUCGACGCAAACCGCCGGAAAUCAAACUAAUGUGGUACAAUCGGCGAUGAUGCGGCAAGGAUCGCCACCAGAUACAACUACUCAUAGUCCAGGAAAUAGUCAGAGGUCCAAUAGUCCGGCCGUGGACACUACUACACAUGGUGCAGCUUCGCCAGCGCCUCCAAUUACCGCCAGGCAUCAUUCAUCAUCAACGCCUAUGGUUCAUUGCGUCUCAAGCAGCGAACCGGAUUCAGGCGACGCACAGGUAGCAUCAGAAGAUUGGAGAAUGCAGAGUAUCGCCACCAAGGAAAUCACGUUGAAUCAACCCAGCUUGCACGGAAAGACUUACGUGGAGUCCACAGUGACCACUGGGAUCCAGAUCUAUACGUCAGAGACGUUGAAGCAAGCCGAAGGUGUGGUGAGCACGGUGAGGUGCGAGGGCAGGGAACAUGCCCUCGGCCGCGGAAUCAAGCGAAAGCUGGACUCCAUCCAUUCCAUGCAUUCUACUCUGCAUGAAGACCAAGAUGUAGCCGAGACAAAGGACUUAGACGAUGGAAACCAAUGGAAACUGAUGGUCGGUGACCUAGUGUGGGGUGCAGCAAGAGGAAGUCCGGCCUGGCCGGGAAAAGUCGAAUCUUUGGGCCCUCCGGGUACUAUGACGGUUUGGGUCCGAUGGUACGGGGGCGGGGGCAGUCGCACCCAAGUUGAUGUCAAGGCUCUCAAGUCCCUCUCCGAAGGCCUCGAAGCGCAUCAUCGCGCCCGUAAAAAGUUUAGGAAAAGUCGUAAAUUGAAUAUGCAAUUGGAAAAUGCGAUACAAGAGGCGAUGGCGGAAUUGGACAAGAUGACGGAGGCUUCCAGCGACCAAAAAGACAUGAAAAAGUCGCCCAAAGUGACAUCGUUGCCGGCAAGCAGUUCGAAGGGUAUCAAUGGCGCUGGCAAAUCGGAAACCAAGAGAUCGUCGAAGAGAGCCAUCAUGGACCAUGCCAAAGCCGAACAGAAACAAUGCCGGUGAUCCGUGUUGAUCAUGGUUGUUUAACGUGUCAGUGCAAAUAUCCGCGCGAUCGACAAUACAUUUGUCGUAAAUCGCAAAGUAUCGAAGAUCUUUGCGCGGAAAUGUAAUUUUUAGUCAAUCUUUCGUUUAAUAAAUUAUUAAUAAAUUCACACAAAUUGUACACGCCCUAUAAAUUACCGAUAUACUUUCGUUUGCUUCAUAAUUGACGAUUAAUUAAUUAGAAAUAACACACAAGUGACACAAUUAUAUAAUAAUUUUGAAGUAGGUUCAAUCCAGUGCGGCUUAAUUUAAUUGCGAUAAGUUUUAUUACACACAUAAUCAUUCUAAUGUGACAAAUUAAGUAAGAUGGUGCAAAAGUACGUGAUGCUAUGUUGAUACGUGAUAUAAAUGACGCAAAAAUAUUAUUUAAAGGAAUCACCUUGAAAGUAUGAAUAUACAUCUCGGUGAUUGUUCUCUGUGAUUUGCUACAUUCGAACAGUCGAAAUUCUUUUUAAAAUCAUUAUAAGAAUUUCAUCUUGGAGCAAAAAGAAGAUUGUACAAUCCUAUCUCUAAAACAUUUUAAAACUAUUUCCCAUUCCUAUAUAUACGUAUUACGCUUCAGGACGCUCACAGCAUCGUAUGAUUAUGCGAGAAGCGUCUUCGAUAAUAUAAUCAAAAAUUUUGUGUCUGAUUAAAUUGAAAAAAAAAAUGUUUUUGAUAGAUGCAGAAACGAUGGCCAUGAGAAUGCAACGUUAAACAUAGAAUUGUAUUUUAACAAUCUCAUAUAACAGUGACAAGCAUUUUUUUUUUUUUUUGUAUAAAUUUAUCGACAAAGCCUAAGUAAUAUCUGUUGUAACAUCUUUCAGCGCAUUCUGUUUUAUGACAAACGUCUGUUUAAUAAAAAAAAUAGUCAGGCAUAUAAAAUUGCAGUUUUAUGUAAUUAAAAUAAUGAAAUAUUAUAUAUAUAUAUAUAUAUAUAUAUAUAUAUAUAUAUAUAU